AUGAAAGCGAAUGAUUUUAAACUCUUCCGAUACAUCGACUUAAAGAAAUGGCAUAAAGGGUGUUCUCCAACGUUACGUUCUACGUCUGCCGCUGUGUGAACUGUUUCGAAAGCAAUAAAUGUGCUGGAAAUAAUAACUCGCCGUGUAUACAUUGCAUAUGCAAUUGAUAGCGAAUGUACACGGUGCAUAUGGUGCACGCGGAACGGUCGGGAGCGUGCGACUGCGCCCGACGAGAGGACGGAUGCGGCUUGUCGUUUUUACGAGCUUAGCCGCAUAAUUUGCGCUCACCACGCAUACAAUUAUCAGAUCGCCGGCGACCGUCGCGAGCGGGCGAACGAACGGAUAAGCCGUGAACACAAGAGACAUAUCGCCGUGACAUACUCGUCAAUUGAGAAAAAAGGAACAAGUGCCUUGCUGAUUCUCGUACUGAUUCGCGUGCUGUGGUGCAUCCUGCGAAAGUAACGUGACGUGAGAGAGGAACGAAAGCGUAUCGAGAUGGUCACCAAUUGUCAGCAAUUGCCAUUUACUCGACCAUCAAGUGCGUCCGUGUGUUCACAAGUUACAGCGGAGGAAGAACAUUCAGUAUCCUGCGCAUUCAUUUAGAUCGUUGCGAAUCUACCUUCGAAACAAUUCAAGUACAAGAGCCUGGAAAAGCUGUACACAAUUUAUCAGAGGAGGCUUCAAUAUGGUUAUCUCUCGCUGUUCGUUUUGCUGCAAAUGGUGCUCAGAUUUACAUAUUGCCUGACUUUGAUCGGGAUGGCCUCCACGUUCGAGGAAUGCCUACCGGACGUCGUGGUCUACUGUACCAUAGGCGCCCUGCUCUGUCCAGUGAUCGCCUUGUCGUUUAGAUCGAAGAUCAUCGCGAAGAACACGUACCUGCCGGUCAUGUUAUCCUGCCUGAUCGUUGUGCUCCUGGUCAUCGGCGACUUGGCGAUUCCUCUGUUUUACAACUACGCCACCGAGAACGCAACGUCGAUAAGACCGGCAUACGCGACGCACGCGCUUCUCGCGUGCUACGUGUUCCUGCCGCUCACGGAGAAUCUUCACGCUUUCGUGCUCGGCAUUACGGCCACCAUGUGUUACCUGGCGACCCUGUCGUUAAUCACCUACAGAAACACGGCCGAUUACGUUACCAAGAUCGUCACCGACACAAUAUACUUCGUGUGCGUGAACGGGCUUGGACUCUACUUCAGAUUCAUGAACGAGGUCGUUAUCAGACGCUCUUUCCUGGACCGGCGAAAAUGCGUCGAAUCCACACUCAGGCUUAACUAUGAAAAGGACCAAGAGGAACAAUUGACGCGGAGUAUACUGCCGCAACACAUAGCGGCGAAAAUCAAGAAAGACUUCAGGGACAUUUUCAAGUUCAUAGAGGAACACAAGAAACCACCGCCGAAAGGCAGGCCGCACAAUGAUCUGUGGGUGGAGACGCACGACAACGUGAGCAUCUUGUACGCAGAUGUGGUGAACUUUUCCGGCCUGACCGUAACGUUGCCGAUACGGAAACUUGUGGAAACCUUGAACGAUCUGUUCGGCAGCUUUGACGAGGCGUCGGAGAGACACAAUGUACUCAGAAUCAAGUUCUUGGGCGAUUGUUACUACUGCGUGAGCGGUGUGCCAACGCCAAAUUCUCAGCACGCCAAGAGCUGCGUUGAUCUCGGCCUGGACAUGAUAAGAAUCAUCAACGAGGUGAGGGCGCGAGUACGUCGCGAGAGCGGCGUGGAUGUGAAUAUGAGAAUCGGUGUGCACUCUGGCAACAUAAUAUCCGGAAUCUUGGGCGCGAACAAGUGGCAAUACGACGUUUGGUCGCGCGAUGUGGUAAUAGCGAAUAAGAUGGAGCAAACCGGCAAACCCGGCAAGGUUCAUGUGACGCAACAGACGCUGGAUCUCGUGGACCGAAGCGAAUACGAUUGUGUGCCGGUCGAGACGCUAAACGACGAGGUUCUCAGGAAAUACGGCAUACGUAGCUACCUCAUCACGCCAUCCUUACCGGACACAUCGGUCCAGCAGAACAGCGAGAACACUUUGACGGUCAUUAGAUCGGACUCGCCGCCACCGGCUAACAAGCAUUACGUCAAGUUCUACAACACACGUUCCAACACCAAUAUCAGCACCAACUCCAGAACAAGUAGGCGACUGACGUCCACGUUGAACAAUCAGGCGGAUGUUUUCGCGACCACAUACAGACGGAGAACGCACUUUAUGGACUCCUGCCUGCGAGAUUAUCACCUGAUGCUAAAGGCGGCAGACGCGGAAAUGGAGAACGCUAUCAAUCAGAUGCCUCUCAGCAAGUGGGAACAGUGGAGUAGAUGGGAGCACAUAAAUCCUCUCCUUCUCACAUUUCGUCAGUGGAGCUGGGAGAUUCCGUUCCUGCGCGAGCCGGAUCCUCUCUUUAAAUUCUACAUAGGCUGUGCAGUCUUCGUGCUGAUCUUUAUGGGACUUAUUUACCUCGUGCCAACGUUUGUGCUCUCCAGGUGGCAUCUAUCUACAACUGUCGGUUACGCAUCGGCAAUGUUAUUCCUGAUAGCUCUAAUGCCGCUCACAUGGAUGCACUUUUUGUGGAAUCGUUUCAAGGAUCCGCAUGACGAACAUGAGGGCCACGUUCCGCAACCGCGCAACAAACUGUUGUACUUUUUGUACCAGACAAGCAUAAAGGUCGUAUGGUGCUCCUUACUGAGGACAAUUUUGUAUCUGGUGAUUACGAUAAUGCUGGCGGCAUGCGCGAUGUUCGACAUGAUUUUCGAGUGCGAAAACGUGGAUCGAUCGAAUAAUGUGACCUCCAGCGUGACAGCGAUUGAUUCCAAUAAGCUGAAAUGCAUAUCUACACCUUGGCAAAUGACGGAAACUUGCUCGCUGGCGAUUCUCACAAGCUUCCUCUUCUUGAGAGUCCACUAUGCUUUGAAAUUCGUGAUAGGUAGCAGCGUAGUGGCUUUCUAUGCGUGGAAUGUCUCGGUGCAUCGGUCGAAUAUAUUUCAGUCGGGCGACACGUGGAGUCCUCAAUUGGAUCCUAAAGUGGCGCACGUGUUGAGCGUGGUGUUCCUCACGUUUUCAUUACAUCUUAUCGAUCGUCAGGCAGGGUAUCUGAGCAGACUGGACUAUCAAUGGAAACGUCAGCUGACGAAAGAACAGGAUGAAGCAUUUCACACGAGGAACGCCAACAAGCUUUUAUUACGUAACAUCUUGCCAGAACACGUCGCGGAAUUCUACUUGAACAUGAACCGAACCGAGGAAAAUGAACCUUAUCACGAGGCUCACAGCAACGUCGCCGUAAUGUUUGCGUCUCUGACCGAUCUGUCGAUCGAUGAAAGCAACAUACUAAUCGAUCUAAAUGAGAUCAUCUGUGAAUUCGACAAGCUGCUCUUCGAGCCAUAUUUUGUGUGCCGUAUUGAGAAGAUAAAAAUUGCAGGCACAACGUAUAUGGCAGCUUGUGGACUGGAGGCGAGCCGACGCGACUCAAUGCGUAGCACCGAGAGCGACGGGAAUCACGACGAUGACGUGGUCAAGGUGAUGGCACAAUUUGCCGUGCAAAUGAUGUCGGUGCUCGACAGAAUAAAUGGAAGAUCCCUCAGCAAGUCGAAACCGCACAAAUUAAGAAUCGGAAUUUCCCACGGAGAGGUUACAGCCGGCGUGGUGGGAGCCCAAAAGCCAUUGUACGAUAUUUGGGGCGAUGCUGUUAACAUGGCAUCCAGAAUGGACACUACCGGACUACCGGGAAAAAUACAGGUGACAGCGGAUACAGCCGCCGUUUUGGAACAACAAGGUGUCAAAUGUCACUUACGCGGCGAGACGUGGGUCAAGCCGAAAGGAUAUGUCACGACGUAUUUUGUAGGUGUCGAUGAGAAGCGAACGUUGGAAAGGGCGGAUUCCGUGGAAGAGACUUCAUUGUGACGAAAAACACACGAUUCGGACUAAUUUUACUCAAUUGAGCUCGUCGUCUUCUGAUCGAUAAAUCGUUUAAAGCAUGCAGGGUGUACAGACAGUCGUUUUCGCAUACUAAUAUUAACGUCAUAUUAAUAUACUAAUGUGUCUGCAGUCUAAAAUGGAGAGAUAUUUGAUGCAAUGUCACAGAUUUUUCAUUUUUUCAGCGUCGUUUGUCGCUGACAUAAAAAGUGACUCGCGCGUUACACCCUGCAAUGUUUGAGCGAACACAAGAAAUCGAAGAAACCAAAGAAAGUGCGAGAGAUCAAAGAAUGCGGUAAAUGAGAGAUAACGUGCGAGAAUACGUUAACAUAAAAAGUACCUCAAACGAUACAGAUUUCACUCGGAUUCGCGAUGUGCGUUACUAUUUACGCGGGUCACACUGUUAUCGCCAGGUUGCAAUACUAUUGCUGUUAAUCAAAAUGGAAGGGAUGCGUGCGCAGUUGACAGCAACAGUGUCUUCUCUUAUCAUACACGGAUAAUGGUAUCGCGAUACAAUUUAGUGUACGCAUCGUUAUCCGCAUAUGAAGAUCAUCGUUGUAAUAUUUGAUUCCGCUCGGUCGAAUAAUUACGGCCAAAAAAGAAAAUGGUCGUGUAAUUUAUCAUUUAUCUGUUAGUACGUAACUAUCGAUCACGUGUUGAUGGAAUGCACGCGGGAAAUACAGAAACUUUUUUUCGGUGUACAGUUGACUGAGCGAAUUUACGAUAAAUUUGAAAUCAAUUCAAAGAUAAUUAAUCGUCAUAAAAUGUUACUAUGUCGACACUUUACAUCUUUACGAUACUAGGAACGUCACUUUCCUCGCGUUCACGAGGUUCGCGAGUAUUUCGUCGAGUGUUGCGACUCAUUUAUUUGCGAGUGAUCAUACACGUUCGUACGUAUCAUGAAACAAAGUCGAGAUUGUGAAAAAGAAACAUGUGUAUAUACACACACACACACACAUACAGAUACGCACGCAUAUACAUACAUACACUCCAUGUGUGUGUACAUGCACACACAUAUAUAUACACAUAUAUGUACAAUGUGUUUAUUUUUAUAUUAUAAAAGCGAUAUCGAUGAAGAGAGAGCGAUCGCUUGCUUGUUUAUUUAUGUAAAUAUCUUUUGUAUAUAUUUUUUAAAUAUUAGAAACAACUGACUAAUGUGAUUGU